AGAUUCGAUUGCAAUUCCAUACAUGUUCUCAAGUGAAGACGUUCAUCUGUCCGGAAGUGUCCAUUUGUUUUUGUCGUUGUUUCCACCGAUCGUGAAUUAACAAUCGUGUUUACCUAUCUUUAAUUGCAGAAAGUGUAUUGACUGAAAUUCGGGAGAAAGUAAUUUCUUAUUUUACUUGCUUUAUUUUUUUUGGCUUCACUUGAUGAAGUCGACUCGAAUCGGGCAGCAGGAGCUGUGGGAUUGAUUAGAGUUAGGGUUUCUGUCAUCCGAAGGGAAGAGUUCGAGGAUGGCAACAACGAGGUAUCCGAAUUCAAAUCCCGAUGAUAUUGUUGAUUCGACACCGUUGCUCGGAAAUUCGGACAGAAGUGGAGAUGAAGAUCGAAGUCGUAGGAUUGGCCGGAGGCCGAGUUUACGCGGAGCUGCUCGGUUUCUCCAAAGAGCGAGCAGCCGUCGGAUGUUGAGGGAGCCAUCGAUGCUGGUCCGAGAGACGGCGGCAGAGCAAUUGGAAGAGCGACAGAGCGAUUGGGCUUAUUCAAGACCAGUUGUUGUUCUGGACAUGGUUUGGAAUAUGGCUUUUGUGAUUGUGGCGGUUGCGUUUCUGAUCUUGAGCAGAAAUGAAUCCCCGUCAAUGCCUUUGAGGUUGUGGAUUAUGGGGUAUGCUGUGCAAUGUAUCCUGCACAUGGUAUGCGUCUAUGCUGAGUAUAGACGCCGGCACCCAUCACAUCGAUCGACAUCAUUGGAGCAAGGUGGAGACGGGAGUAGUGGGAAUUUGAGUACAAGCUAUCGAGAUGAUGCAGGGGAUGCUGGCGAUUAUACGACGGCGAUGCGGCAGGAUGAGGAGGGAACCGGCAGUGUGGCAAAACAUCUGGAAUCCGCAAAUACAAUGUUUUCAUUUAUAUGGUGGAUCAUUGGGUUCUACUGGGUAUCCGCUGGUGGCCAAGCUUUGAUACGUGAUUCUCCUCAGCUUUACUGGCUUUGUAUAAUUUUUCUAGCAUUUGAUGUCUUCUUUGUGAUUUUCUGCGUUGCCUUGGCAUGUGUGAUUGGUAUUGCUGUUUGCUGCUGUCUUCCAUGUAUAAUUGCAGUCUUGUAUGCUGUAGCAGACCAGGAAGGUGCUUCCAAGGAGGAUAUUGACCAACUACCAAAAUAUAAAUUCCAGAGGAUUGGUAAUUUUGAGAAAAUUACUGGUGAGAUACAAGGCCCUUUUGGAGGAAUAAUGACCAAGUGUGUGUCUGACACUGAAACACCAAUUGAACAUGUUCUCUCACUGGAAGAUGCUGAAUGUUGUAUCUGCCUUUCGACCUAUGAUGAUGGAGCUGAACUGCGCAAACUUCCCUGCAGUCAUCAUUUUCACUGUUCCUGCAUAGACAAGUGGUUGUACAUUAAUGCUACUUGCCCCCUCUGCAAGUACAACAUCAUAAGGAGUGGCAAUCAAGGUAGGGAAGAAGUAUAGAAGGUGGGCUCUUAAGCAAUUGUAGUGACAUUUCCUCUUCCUAUCCUCUGGUAUAUGUGCUUGUAGGCUGACACAAGUUCAAGUUGUGUAUAAUAUUUUGUUCUGUAGCCUGUCUUUCUGUCUUGCAUAGUUGGGCAUAGGGCUGGCAUUUGAAAUAUUGAUGCUGCCAGCUGCUUCAGCAUAAAGGGUGUUGGUGCAGGUACUAUUAUAGUUGUGGGUGUCUUCAUUAUUCAUUGCCUUUGUAUUUUUGGUUUUGUGUUCUAAUCCUAUACCAGCUUGUGUAUAAUGUCUUGUAAGUUACAAAGGAACCAACCGGCUGGGUUAAUGUGGAGGCUAUUUGUUCUCUCUUUUAUUCACGAAAACGGAAAUAGUCUAGUUCUUUAAAUGAAAAUUUAUUGUUUGCACAA